GGCUCUGUUUUUUCUUUUCUUUCGGUAUCCUUUCUUUGUUUUCUUUCUCCUCAACUUUGCUUCAACCACAAACGACAUGGAUGUCCUGCUAUAAAUAACUCUAUUUUCCUUCUCACUUUUUGCUAUGGAAGCUGCGCUCAGAUCUCGACUAUGAGUGGAAGCACUUCUAAGCGUUGCAGUCAAAUAUCAUUCGCAGACGUCGCACAGAGAUCAAUCAGUCUCUUUCUGCCUUUUUCUGGAUAUGAAGUGCAUCGGAAAUCUUACAUACGAUAUGUAACGACGCAGCCAAAGUUUCCUUGAGUCCUCGGCCCAUUUGACAGUAUAGAAUUGCACAGGCAAGGUAAGUGCUGUCGUGAUCUUUCCGGCUCUCUUCCAUAUGGUGUCAGCCACAACAUCGGAUAUUUUUUCUUCUUCCUGACCCUUUAUACAGUCUCUGCAGAACGGCAAAAAAAAAUCCUUGUUUCAGGCUGCAUUCUUAAAUCUCUGUUUCAAGCGCUUAAUCUGACGUAGACACGACCCACUCCACUAGUGCUACGCGAAGUCGGCUUGCUUUGACUCUCAUAUCUUCCGUGCUGCCCCCUGCUGCUCCCUUACGAUGUUCAUGGCGAUUUCUGUUAUUUCAGUAUGAAGCACCAAAAGAGCGACUUGACCAAGAUUGUUCCUCCGAAGGAACUUGAUGAAACUGCACGCAGCACGAUCUUUCUAUACUUCAUGCGGCGCCUUGCUUCACAUAGAAACUCUGCAGAAUUAUAUGCUUAUAAUGAAUAUGGCUUUUCUAUGUCUGCAGACGGAGCUAAAGCGAGAGACGCGUUCGUAAUAGAGUUGGAUCAUUGGGCUCAAGAGUUACUCAAGAAUGCUUGGAAUGCGUGUCAAGAACCUGGAAAUUGUAGCUGUCCUACCCUAGAUCCUCUGUCGGACACUUCUAUUGCCGCCCUUCCACCUUUGCCUGCCCAGGAACAUGUCGUCAAAGUUCUUCAUACGAUCCUAUUUUUGCAUAUUACCACAAGGAAGGAAUACCAUGCACACACACGUGCCUUCCUCUUCUCUUUGGCACCAAUCAAUGAGGACGCCGUAGCUGAAACAUUGAAAGACCCUGCCAGCGCUGUAGAGGAAGCAGAACGCAAGACGAAAGCUGCCAAAGAUAAACAGGCGUCGCGCGGCAAGACCCUACGUAACGUAGGCAUGGGCCUUGGUGCUGUUGCGGGUGGUGUCCUUAUUGGCGUUACCGGAGGUCUGGCAGCACCAUUGGUUGGCGCUGGCGUAACCAGCGUCCUAGGAUGGCUGGGUGUUGGUGGAACGGCAGCCGGUCUGCUUGCCAGCGGUCUGGCUAGUUCUUCCAUUGUAUGCGGAGCGCUUUUCGGUGCCUACGGUUCGAAGAAGACAGCGGAGAUUGUUGGACGGUACACGAGGGAAAUUCGUGAUCUAGCCAUUGUUCCCGUUCGUGAACCGAAGAAUACGUUGGCCGUCAGGUUAUGUGUAAGUGGUUGGUUGGAUUCACAACCCGACGUUGUCGCUCCCUGGACAAUUUUCGAAGAUGAUGACACCUUCGCUUUACAAUGGGAAGUCGACGCGCUUAUCGACCUUUCGAAUGCCCUAACCGCGUUGAUCAAGUCUCAAGCAAUGAAGUAUGUCAAGGCAGAGGUUAUCAAACGUACCGUUCUUGCAAGCCUAUUCGCCGCCCUUGCCCCAGCCGCAUGGCUAAAGAUUGCUCAACUCAUUGACAAUCCCUGGAUGAACGCCAAAACACUUGCAUUGAAGGCUGGUAAGGUCCUGGGUAUCCUUUUAGAACAACGCGUGCUAGGUAAUCGUCCUGUCACGCUGGUGGGCUAUUCUCUCGGUUCCCUUGUCAUCUUCGAGGCUUUGCAACACCUUGCAUCACUUCCCCCAAAGCAAUCCGCACAUCUUGUUCAAGACGUCUAUCUUUUCGGAGCUCCGGUCUCUACUGACCAACGCACUUGGUCCGCAGCAAGGCGCGUCACAGCAGGACGAUUAGUCAAUGGCUAUGGAACGGAUGAUUAUGUCCUUGCUCUCCUGUCACGCAUGUCUAGUGCCAGCUGGAACGUUGCAGGAAUUACCAAUGUGGAUGUGCAGGGGGUCGAGAAUGUGGCAUGCGAAGGGGUCGAUGGACAUUUGAAAUGGCGGGGGAUGAUAGGAAAGAGUCUAGAGUCUUGCAAUGCUCCCGGGCUAUGCAAGACCGAGGUUGAGCUACAGGUAGAGAAGCGAGCGAAGGAGAUAGAGCAAAUCGUGGACUUAAGUCCCGCGGACGUGGACGCUGUGUUGCAGGAGGGCCCCAAUAUAUGAUGGCAGAUUGUACCUUCAAAAGUGAUAUUCAUAUCUAGAUAUAUCCGUUCCUUUCUCUCCAGAUGAGACAGGCCUUUGGUGCUGUCCUUCCCCUCCGUCCAAAUAUAUUGCUAUCAACGUCCUGCUGCGUCGUGCUCAGGAGAAUGACUC